AGCACCGCUACCUACCGAUGGGGUGAUUAAUGUACGGCGUUGCCUCUGGGUCUUUGCGUCGCUGGUUACGGUGUUUCUCUGCGGCAAAAUUCACGGUCUCUAACAACAAAACUGCGUCGGAAUUCAUGGUUGUAGAAUAACAUGUAGCGAGAGAGAAACAGCGUCAGGUGAUUUAAACUUUCGACGUCGCAGCGUCGCUGUCAGUGUAUCAGUCCGCUCCAUCUGGUGUCCGGGGGGAAACCGAUCACGGAGCGAUUGAUUCCGCUUAUUUAGCUACGGAAGCAGUGUUGGCCCAGAAUGGCUCACAGUGCCAGGAGAGAUUGCCCGGAGCUCCCUGACUUCUCUCUGCUAAAAACGCUGGCCAGAGAUCAUCUCAUCUACCUGCUGGAACAGCUGCCGGGGAAGAAGGACCUCUUCAUUGAGCCUGACUUGAUGAGCCCGCUGGAUCGUAUCGCCAAUGUGUCAAUACUAAAGCAACAUGAAGUUGACAAACUCUACAAAGUGGAAUAUAAACCUGUUAUCAGCACCUCAGAUCAGCUCUGUUUUCUGAUCCGGCCAAGACUACAAACUGUGAAAUGGAUAUGUGAUGUGGCCAAUGCAGACAAAGCAGCAGGAAAAUGUAGAAGAUACAAGAUAAUCUUUACCCCAAAGAAGUUCUAUUCAUGCGAUGCGGUGCUAGAGGAGCAGGGGAUCAUCGGCGAUGUGACCACUGAUGAGUGGUCUUUCUAUCUUCUUCCGCUCGACGAUGACAUCAUCAGUCUGGAGCUGCCGGAAUUCUUCCGAGACAACUUCCUGGCGGGGGACCAGCGCUGGGUGAAGACCGCCGGCAGCGCUCUGCACCUCAUUCACUCGCUCUACGGGCCCUUUACAAAGAUCUAUGGGAUUGGCCGAUGUUCCAAGAUGGCGUACGAGUCGUGGAGGGAGCAGGUGGCAGAGGGAGAGCAGAGAGCUCAAAAGGCUGAAAUAGGAAAAGUGUUUCUCAUCGACAGAGACGUGGACUUUGUCACUCCUCUGUGCUCACAAGUUGUGUAUGAAGGACUCGUGGACGAUAUUUUUCGAAUCAAAUGUGGAUGUGUGGAGUUUGGACCUGAGGUUACCUCCUCUGACAAAAGUAUGAAAGUCAUGCUGAACUCUCGGGAUAAGGUUUUCAACGAAAUCAGAAACGAGCAUUUCUCAAACGUCUUUGGCUUUCUCAGUCAGAAAGCCAGGAAUCUCCAGACGGCAUAUGAUAAGCGACGGGGGAUGGACAUAAAGCAGAUGAAGACGUUUGUGUCAGAAGAGUUUAAAGGGUUAAAACAGGAACAUCGGCUGCUUAGCCUACACAUCGGUGCCAGUGAAUCCAUAAUGAAGCAGAAAACUAAGCAGGACUUUCAGGAGCUGCUGAAGACAGAACACUCUUUACUUGAAGGAUUUGAAAUCCGGGAAAGCAUUUCUUUCAUAGAGGAGCACAUCAACAGACGGGUUUCUAUGCUAGAAAGUCUGAGGCUGCUUUGUCUUCUGUCCAUCACGGAAAACGGACUUCUGCCAAAAGACUUUCGCUCACUAAAAACACAGUUUCUACAGAGCUAUGGAGUGGACCACCUGCUCACAUUUGCCAACCUGAGGCAGUUGGGGCUGCUGGUGGAGCAGCAGCCCGGGGAGAUGCUGACCGUCAUGGAGAGCAAAGUGGGCAAACUGGUCAACGACAAAACUGCAGGAAAGUUGACUGAUGCCUUCUCUUCUCUUGCGAGGAAGAGCCAUUUCAGAGCCCUGAGCCGAAAGCUCAACCUGGUGCCAAGGUCAGAUGAAGAAUAUGACCUGCGUGUCCCCAGAGACAUGGCCUACAUCUUCAGCGGGGCCUACGUCCCUCUGAGCUGCAAGCUGGUGGAGCAGGUGUUGGAUCGAGACGGCUGGACUGGUCUUGAAGAAGUCACCAAGCUGCUGAACGGGCAUGAAUUUGCUGUUACAGGCAACAAAGGAGCCGAUUCAAAAGCAAAGAGCGACGCUCAGCGCAUCGUCCUCGUCAUGUUCCUCGGUGGCUGCACCUUCUCUGAGAUCUCAGCCCUACGGUUCCUCGGCAGAGAGAAGGGUUUUAGAUUUAUUGUAGUAACAACUGCGAUUACGAACAGUUCAAGAAUCCUUGAGUCUUUGUUGGACAACCAUGUAUGAAACCUGUCAGCGCUUCAUGAUGGACACAAACUGAGAGACAUUCCUGCAGAUACCUGUCAAGCAUUCCCUCCAGCACGAUGUCGUUACAGAUGGAAAAUGUUUCCUUCUGGCCUGUGUCUGACAGCGAAAUAACUGUAAAGAUGUAUAAAGUGAAUAAAUGUUUUUAACAUGUUA